CUUGGAUGCCGAGGGUGCCUCUCGUGGGGUCCGUUCCCUGCAGCUCCAGCGCUAGAGACGGCGGGGCAUGAGCCUGCCGCAGCCCGAGGGUCAGGAGGAGGAGGAGGACGGCGGCGAAGGAGAAGAAGACGAUAUGGAGCCGCCGUCGGACGAAGCCCUGUCUGCGUGGCCUGGCGUGGAAGUUGCCGUGGACUCCGCGCUGGUUGGGUGCCUGCUGAAAGAAGAAAAGGAGAACGACGCCCUCGGGAGCUGUGGCCACCGCGGCUGGGAGCAGAACCUGAGCCCCGAACUACAGCAGGCGUAUCGGAUUCUGAGCGAAUUUCUACUGGAAAAGCACCGGCCACUGACAGCACCUUUUCUGAGACCCGUUGAGGGCGAGCUAUGUGAAAUCGCCUCUUCCUCUUCCCAGAAAAACAGCGGGCAUCAGCCGUCCCAAGAACCUCAACAGCUGACGUUGCUGAAGAUGGAGGAGAAGUUUUCUGCCGGGCAAUAUACCGGGAUCGCGGAUUUCGUGGCGGAUUUUCGAUUGAUGCUGGAGACCUGCUAUCGGUUGCACGGGGUGGAUCACUGGCUCUCCAAGCAGGCCCAAAAGUUGGAGAUGAUGUUGGAGCAAAAGCUGGCGUUGCUAUCUCGGCAUUUGAGAGAGAAGACAGCAAUAGCAGUAACAUCUAAAGGGUUCUAUGGGCUGGAAGAUGAGAAGGGAACAGCUUGUGCUUCAACAAGGCGUCGUUCUACACCACGCAGUUUAGCAGGCUUGACCACAGGCGUGUUUGAAUCCAUAAUGGUUCAGGUUCUGAGACAGGAAGAGCAACUGAGAGCAAAAGAAGAAAAGAGACAUCGGGAACAAGAAAGAAAAGAAGCAGAGGAAGCUAAUCACAAAGAAAUAGAAGAAUGGGACAAAUCCCUCCUUGGUCAAGCAGCACCCACUCAUAUGGAACACAUGUGGGAAAUCCCAGCUAUUGGUCACUUCCUUUGUUUAGCACAGCAUAUUUUAAACUUGCCCGAAAUAGUCUUCUAUGAGUUAGAACGCUGCCUUCUAAUGCCACAGUGUAGUGCUUUUUUGUCUAAAAUAAUGACUUCUUUGUUAAGUCCUCCUCAUCGGAGAUCUACCUUGCAUCGAAGGCCAACUCUUCCUUACAGGACUUGGGAAGGAGCACUCCGGCAAAAAAUACAGCAGUGGUAUACAGCUGUGGGGCAAACUGACAAUCCUGACAGCUGUGCAGAAAAACUUGGUCUUUGUCCUCAAUUUUUUCAAGUUCUUGGAGAAGUUAACCCUUUGGAGGAAAAAGCAUUUCAUGAGCUCUCAUUUUGUCAAAAAGUGUGGCUGCUAAAAGGCCUUUGUGACUUUGUAUACGAAACCCAAAAAGAUGUACAAGAUGCAGUACUUGGGCAGCCUAUCCAUGAGUGCAGAGAAGUGAUUCUAGGUUAUGAUUAUUUAGAAAAUGCCUAUGUUCAUUUCCCACAAUUCUGUGGUGCAGAUGUCCGGAUUUACAAGCAGAGGCCUUUUCAUGCCCCUGAGUUUCCAGCUCCUCAAAUCAAGGUAAAAAGAGUCCCACGCAUUAAACUGGAAAAAGUGAAAUGUGAAUAUGCCACCAAAAGCAAUGGGGAAGUUAGAUGUGGUGCUAAAGAAGAGCUCCUGUCUCAUGCAAAGACAGAGCAUAGGAAAAAUCUUUGCUCAGCAAAGAUCCUUUUAGACCGUUUGAGUGUUGCCCCAGAAAAAGAAAUUAAAUCCAAAUGUGAAGAAAAAAUCCAUAAGGGCUGUGACUUUACAACAGAUUGCUGUAAAGAAAAUAGGGAUAAAAGCAUUGUUGUGGGAGAGAAUGCUGGCUUUGGGGGACCUCUUAGCCCAGGAGAAAUCAGGAUUGUGGAAAAUGGGGGGAAAUGUGGUGAAUCUUCAGUAGUGAAAACUGAGGCUACUCCAUUAAAAGAGAACACUCUUAAAACCUGCCAGAUGCAUGUGAAUGGGAAUCACAGUGAUAAUCCAGAUAUGAAUUGCCACAAAGUUGCUCCAGAAGUCAAUUCAGUAGAAAAUAGCAAAACACUAAAACUUAAUAAAGUGCGAGCAAAAAAGAAGAAAAAGAAAAAAAAGAAACUGAAAGAUAUUCUGAGUGAAAAGCUUAAGAGGAAGCGUGAGAUUCACCUUCACUCCCUGAAAUCUUAUAAACCUGAGAUCCAGAAUAAGUUGCUUAUGAUGAAAAAGAAAGUCAAACACAAGAAGCACAAAUCUGGAAAGAAAUCCAUAUCUAAAAAAGCAAUUACAAAGAAGAGAAAAUCUGUUAUGAAGCCAGCUGUCCCAGAAUUUCAGCUUAUUUGCACUAAUCUUGACGAACUCAGGGAUUUAAUUAGAAAAAUUGAGAAUGAACUUAAAGAUGUGGAAAACAUUAAAAAGAAAUCGGGAAGGUGGUAUCAUCGGAAGCAAGCUGUAAAGGAGCUACACUGUACCCUGAUACGACUGCUAAAUGAGUUGUUACCAUGGGAACCAAAACUAAUGAAGGCCUUUCAAAGAAACAGGUCUCGAUUGAAAAAGGAUUACGAUGACUUCAGAAGGCAACCAGACUAUGACAAAUUUACUAGAGAACACUGGACUAAUGAAGACUCUGAAGUAAAUUCUAGUAAAGAAAUUUCCAGUACAUUAACCAGUGAGUCUUCAGAGCACUCUGAAUUUCUGAAAAGGGAUUAUACUGAUGCAGAGGACAUGAAACUGUCAGAAAUGGAUCUUGCUGCAGGAAAAGCCAGGCCACUAAAAAAAGAAUUAUCUUGUAAAGAAAUACAGAAGACACUGCCUAAAUCUGUUAAGCGUCAGUCCAAGCAAAACAGUUACUUAGAUGAUAGUACAAAAGAGUUCUUGCCGCGAAAGAAACUGAAAUUAAGCACAAGUAAUACUGCAGUCCAUGACACAGAAAAUGAGCUGUCAGUUGAUGGCUGCCUGAAUAAACAGAAACAAACAGAAUCCCCAUUUUCAGAAUCGUUGGAUAUGACAGACUCCACAGCAUCCAUCUCAAGCAUAACAAAAGGGACCAAACCUAUCCAGGCUUUGCUUGCUAAGAAUAUUGGGAACAAAGUGACCUUAACUAGUCAGUUGCUACCCUCUGCAGGUAGAAGCAUUGCUGCUUCUGAAAAGUUGAUCAUGUCCACUGUUGGUUCUUCCUCAGUCAAUCCAGUGUUGUCCUGCCAGACCAAUUCAAAAAGCCCUUUGCAAGUGUUGUACAAAAUGCCAGUUGGUCACUGUGUGCCAAUAGACCUGCAUAACAAUUCAAUGAAAAUUCAAGUCCAGCCUGCAGUUGACUAUAAACCAGGAGACAAAGCCACAGGAGAAAAACUCAUGCAGCAAGUUCUGAUUUUGCCUAAAAAUUUCCUCAUCCAUCACAGAGAAGCUAAAAAUGUGGGGAAAGAUAUCUUGUCAUUGCAACACAAGACUACAGAUCAGCAAUGUAUCUCUCUUCCACAGCCAAUGGCUGUCCACACAACUUUAGCAACCUCCCUUCCAGCUUCCUCUGUAAAUGCUGCUACCACAUUUCUGUCCAUCCCAGACUUCAAAAAGAACACUACACAUUUGCUCCCCGGGGCCAGUGCAGUAAAAAGACUUCCAGUGUUGCCCUCCAUAACUUCCACAGCUAGUGUACUGGCAUCAGUGGCAAAAAUAAGCCAAAGUGAGACUACUAAAACAAAGACUGUCAUUUCAGCUGACUCAUUCCCUGUCACUUCACCCACUGUUUCCUCUACAGUUCAAUCUUUGACAACACCUCUCUCACAAAAUGUUUCUGCAGGCACCUGUAGUUCCUCCCCAAGACUGGCAUCACCACAAAAAAGCAAUGAUGUUGGUGAAGCUAAACAAGAACUGAAAACAGUCUGUAUCAGAGAUUCACAGUCUAUCCUUGUCCGGACGCGUGGUGGGAACACAGGAAUUGUUAAGGUACAGACCAAUGCAGACCACAGUUCCCCUAGUAACUUAUCUCCAAGUUCUGUAUUCACUUAUGCACCUCAGCUUCAGGCAUUUUUAGUGCCAAAAACCACACAGUUGACAACCUCUACCUUUUCAGCUGUUACAACAGCUAUGCCCACUAUGCCCAAUUUCCCUUUAACAACUUCAGCUUCCAAUGCAACUCUUCCCGCUCGUGUAAAUCAUGUAUUGGGGAAAAACACAACAUGUGCAUUUGGGCAGUCUCAUAACAGUGGCACUGUGGGCCAUGGAAUGCAAAAAACAAUGCAUAUGUCUUCACCUACCUUCUUGCCUCCUGCAUCGUCAUCCAACAUUGUCAUGCCCACACUGCCAAACAGUUCUGGAAAUGCAGUUGGCAUUCCUCCAGGAAAUAUUGGGCACACCUCUGGCAUUACCCAGACCCCUUAUAUUAAUCAACAGGUUGAUGGAAAUAGUACACAGUAUCUUGCUACUCAGCCUGAGGCCACAGCCACAUCCAGUGGAAAUCUAAUGUGUGGUGCUCAAAUUCCAAAACUUAUGUUGGUCACAAAUCCACCCCUUCUUUCUUCCUGUGGAACUGCGGGCGUCAACCUAAUCCCUCCUCCAACAUCUCCUGGCCUCAGUGCACAAAAACUGGUUUUUAUUAAUACCCCACUUGCCAAUAUCCAGUCAACCACCAAUUUAACUGCAGAAUCCUUUAAGCAGGCCUUCCCUCCCACCAUGAGCAAAACAUAUGUUAAAAGCACAGAGCAGCCUCAGUUAGUCCUCAUUCCUUCUACUGUAGGGGCAUCGCUAAAAGUAAACACAUCACCAACUGUUUCUCAAAUUAAAGAUGUAAAAAUUGGUGUUAAUAUUGGUCAGGCCAUUAUAAAUAGCACAGGUAAUGCUCAGAAUGUUCCUCCAAUUAACAUUAUGCAGUCUGCAGCUCCUAAAGAAGUGGAGGAGAAAAACAGCCAGAGUGUAAUUUUGCCAUUGUCAGCAAGUGGUGGUUUGCUUCCAUUAACGUCAACUUUGGUGAGCCAGAGUAUUACAUCUGUCAGUGAGUCUCCAAUUAUUGCAACGCAAGCGCUAAAUGUGUCCACAGCAGCAAAUGCAUGUUUAGAUUCUGCUUCAGUGACAUGGAGUGGAACUGCUACUGGAACACGGCCUACUGUCUUGGUUGGAGGAAUAGAUACGUCAACAAAAGUAACACCUGUUUCAGCUACCCGAUUGCGUACCUCUAAUGCUGGAAAUACUGUGGCUAUAUCAACUGUGAAAACAGGACACCUGGCCUCAUCUGUGCUGAUUUCAAGUACUCAGCCAACAGUAUCUCAUCCAAGUUUGUCUACUUUUCAGUUGCCAGUUACAGUUGCCUUGCCUGGACCUGUGAACGGUACCCCUAAAAUGAUACAUUCAGUUCCUCAGUUACCAGCAGUGUCAAUUGCUGCACAUUGUACACCCCUUUCUAAAGGACAACAGUCUGCACUGGUCCACUUUCAGUCUCCAGGAAUUUCAGCUACCUUGCCAACAAAUGGAAGUGCUCAAAAACCUCAGACUGUAUUACCCCCUAAUCUACCAAAUACAGGAAAAGUAAUUAGUCUUUCAAACUUAGUUCCCUUGCCUUGCCCACAGCUUCCCCCUAAUUUUGUAAAGCCAGCUCCUGCUCUCACUUGUGCCCCAGUUGCCUCUACCACUCAUACAGCUCCAGUUUCAUCUGCAGCAGGAGGACAGUUGAAUGAGUCUUGUGUGCAACAGAAAAUAAUAAUUAACACUUGUACACCUUUGGCACCUGGAACUCAAAUAAUGAUCAGCGGCACUCGGUUCAUUGUUCCACCUCAGGGCUUGGGAGCUGGCAGCCACGUUCUUCUCAUCUCUACAAAUCCAAAACUUGGGCCUCUGUUGACUGUUAAUAAUGGCCAUGGGCUUCAAGGAGUGCCCCAUGCCCCUCCUGGUCCCCAGAAGAUUACACAGGCAUCAGAUAAUACACUGAGUUGGCAACCAUCAAAACAACCUUUGAAAAGCUCUACCAAAAUUGUGAACUCUCUAGGGGCUGCAAACACUCUGCCUAUUGUACAUGCAACACCACAGAUAGUAAACAGUGUUGCAAAACCAUGCACUCCACCUUCUGCAACAGCCCUGUCCCCAUCUUUGGUUACAACCUCCUCACCUGCUAUGGCUAAAUUAUCUUUGGUUUCUACAACUCACACUGACAACUCCCAGGUACAAGAUAGAGCAUCUGUAUUGCAUUUAGACACAUCUAUCAAAAAACUGAUGGUCAGCCCAGAAGGAGCUAUUCUGAAUGCUAUAAAUACUCCAGCAUCAAAAACUUCUUCUCUCCCUUCAUCCUUCUCUCCUGACACAGUGUCCACAACUAGAAAUCCUGCUGUUGUCUUCCCUAACUUUUUAAAGUCCAGCAUUGGUGUACCUGAUACAGCUGCAUCUUGAAUUUAAAGAAAAUGAGCCAAGUUAAAAUG